AUGGAAUUAAAAACCACGCGAUUAUUGAUCUUUGUUGUGCAGGCGGACGGGAAGCUGGUGAAAGAGGGAGAUGGGGACAGGAUGCCGACGUUGAUGGACAGACAGUUCAGGGAGGAUGAGGAGAGGCGUCGGGAGGGAGAUGGAGGAAAAAGGAAGGAAAGGGUCGAGGCGAGGAAAGGGUGCGUAGAGGAGGAGGAAGCUGAGUUGUCGUGGAUAUGUGUUGGAUAUGCGGGAAAUCGCUUAGUUGGUUGGUUAGCUGUCAGUUAG